GUCCUGUCGAGACGAAUCCAGCGGGAGGACACCGAGGCUCCGUCGCUAGCGCCACACGAGACAGAGGCUCCGCGUUGAAGAGGAGAGUAAGGUGAGGCGAUUAAAUAAAAGAGCCGGCGAGUCGAUCGGAGCCCCCCCGGAUCAUCGAGCGGGACACAUCAUUAAUGAGCAGCUAAUUAAUGCCCGUUCGCCCGCCCGUCCACCCCAGCCCAAUGCCCAGCAGAAUGUGGGGCAGAGCAAAUAUGGCGGCUGUGACCCAGCUCCUUCUCCUUGGCAUCUGGAUUUGCAUCUUCGCUCAGGGUGCCGAGGGAUCUAGUGAGCCGAAGCGACCCGAGGCGACGACGAUACUAGAUCGCGCAAUUUCCUGGCUAUGGAGUCAGAGGGACAAGGACGCCGGCUGGGCCGAGGACACCCAGCGCGUCCUCUUGGCGCUUAGGCUCGCCAACCUGUCACGCGACGACGACAUUCCGCCAUCCGUCGACCUCGAGAUGCAGCUCAGCACCAAGCAGAUGGAGCUGGAAAUCGUCAUGCUGUUGUGGAGACACCGGGAAAUGGGGAGCUCGCCGGUCAGGUUGGCCCGCUAUAGUCUCGCCCUUAACGCCAUGUGCAUGGAUCCGCGGCAAUUCCACGGCCACGACCUCAUCGGGACACUGCUGCAUCACGAGCCGCCGACCGACUAUGAGUUCGCCCUGACUGCCUUGGCUGCGUGUAGCGCGCAGGCGCACGUCAGGAAGAGGCAGAUGCGACGACUGCUCGACAUCGCGCAUGCAGCCCAGGAUCACGAUGUCGAGACGGUGGCGAUGGGUAUAAUGACGCUUCGAUGCAUCGUGCAAGACCACCGGCAUCGCAACCUCCAGCACUUUGUGCGAAAGCCCUCGGUGAGUCUCGCGCACCGACAGCGUCGCGACGGCAGUUUCGGCGAGCUGCGCGGCACCGCCCUCGCAAUGCAGGCCCUCGAGGAAGUCGAGAACGAGCCCCACGGCAGCUGGAAUAGAUCGGGAGCCAUCGCCUGGCUCGCCGCCCGACAGAAGCCCGACGGCUCCUACGACGGUGACGUUCAGAUCACUGCCGAAGUCGUCCUCGGGCUCUCACCCCGAAGCCUCUCCAGCGUACGGAGCCUCGACUGUGGCCAGGGACUCACCGAUAGUCCGCCGCCCAAAUUCGUCACUGUCAACGGUGACGAGACGCCGCUCUCGGCGAGUCCGAACCGUAACAGCGGCACGAGGACGACAUCACCGCUGCUGCCGACGACGACCUCGAGGACUUCGAGCAGUCCCUCGAGCCCGGGCACGGAGGUCUCGACCGAGCAUCAGUCAGUCGUUGCAUCGAGCGCGUCAUCGACGUCCAGUGGUCAGCUAGUGAACGUCACCUACACUCUCUGGGUCGGCAGCGACGUCUACGAGAUCCACAAUCUGACUCUCGCCGCACCACGUAACGAGAGCUUUUAUGGAGUUAUGGUACUCGCAGCUGAGCGCUCGACCAACUUUCAGUUCUCGGCCUACGAGUGGCCCAAUGGUCACUACGUUCACACUCUCUCCGGAUACAAGGAGGAGCCCAUGUUCUAUCACUACUGGCUGCUGUACAGGUUGCCGUCGCCGCCCAAACCCGCUUUUCCGCCUGGCAAUCAAUUCGUCGCUCCGGGAGGAGUAGAUGAUCUGCACAUCAGUGACGGCGAGCAUUAUCUCUUCUGGUACAAAAAGCUUUAAAAAAUUGUAUGUAAAAAGAUAAAAAAAAUAUGAGCAGAGAUCGAAGCUGAACAAGUUGAAGAAAUGAAGAAAAAAAUUACUAAAAUAAAAUGGAAAAUGAAAUGGGAUUUGGAUGAAAGAGAGCAUGAAAGAAAGUGUAAGAAAGGACGAACGUUGGAAUAGGACACAACAUACAU